AUGCUUACAGUUUGUAACAUUGCAGCUUUUGCUGCUCUGCUAAGUCAUGUUAAUCUGGCUCUGGCACAGAGUCAAGGUUGGGGUCAAUGUGGCGGUACUGGUUGGAAUGGAGCUACAACCUGUGUAACAGGAUAUACUUGCACAUCUUCAAACACCUAUUACUCCCAAUGCAUCCCUGGCGAUGCCGUCCCUACGGUUCCAACGACAUUGGUCACCUCAAGAGGCCCAGCCAGCACUGGCAGCAGUAUCAAUGCCAAAUUCGUUGCCCAUGGGAAGAAAUAUUUUGGUGUUGCUACAGAUCAAGGUCGUCUCACUUCCGGCAGUGCGCCUGUCAUUCAGGCGAAUUUUGGACAAGUGACACCAGAGAAUAGCAUGAAAUGGGAUGCUAUUGAGGGUAAAUAUACACCAGUAUUGUUGGAGGCAUGCGCUGACAAUUUGUUGGCAUGCACAACUCCCGAACUGGGUCAGCUCGGUUACAAAUCCAGCGACUCUCACGACAAUCCUCCAAAACCAUAUAACAAAAGAGAUGACUCACUGGAAAGGGAAAAUCUAUGCAUGGGUAUGCCAUCACAUCUCGCUCUUGUUCACAUCAUUAACAUUUCUAAGGACGUCGUCAACGAAAUCUUUAAUGAAGAUGGUUCCUUGAGAAAUAGCGUCUUCUACAACGUCCUCGGUGAAAAUUUCGUUUCCAUCGCCUUCAAAGCCGCUCGAGCAGCUGACCCCAACGCAAAGCUCUACAUCAAUGACUACAAUCUAGAUUCAGGAACUUAUUCCAAAGUCACGACCGGCAUGGCCGCACAUGUCAAGAAAUGGAUCGCCCAGGGAAUUCCCAUCGAUGGCAUUGGUUCGCAGACUCAUCUCCAAGCAGGCCAAGGAGCUGCUGCAUUAGGUGCUUUGAAUGCGCUUGCGGCUUCUGGUGUCAGUGAGGUCGCGGUUACGGAAUUGGAUAUCGCGGGAGCGGCUUCUGCUGACUAUGUCAACGUCGUCAAAGCAUGUUUGAGCGUGAGCAAAUGUGUCGGUAUUACGGUAUGGGGUGUUCGUGAUUCCGAUUCGUGGCGUACGGGCUCGAAUCCCUUGUUGUUCGACAACAACUUUUCUCCUAAGCCUGCUUAUAAUGCGAUCUUGGCCGCUUUGUAG